AUGUUCACCAUCAAGGCGACCUACCGCAACGAAACUCGCAAAUACACUUUUCCUGAUACGAAUACGUUCCCCCCGUAUCACUCUAUCUGCAUUGAGCUUCGCCGCAUUUUCUCUAUUAUCCAGCCUUUCCAUCUGUCUAAACUUCAGUUCUCGCCUGAUGCCAGCUCUGCAUCUCGCAUUCUAAUCGGCAAGGAGGUUCGUUCCUCGCACGACUAUCAUCGGUACAUUCGCCAGUUUAAGGAUCGAAGCUGGCCAAAUGCCCUCUUGAGGCUGACCAUCUGCGACGACAUCAUAGCGCCAUACGGCUCUCUUAGGAGUACUCGCGAUUCGCCAUCGCACUUGCGCCACGCCUCUAUGUCUCAUAUCCCAGUUGCCACCCCAUCCACUUUCCAAUACGCAUCGGGUGUUCCUAUGGACGUUGAGCCCCCAGCACCGACGUUGCCUCAUAUCCAGAGGCAUCACUACCGUCCGCAGUACUUGCGGCCUCCGCCGCAGCACAGGAUGUCAGCUCCGGCAAUGGAUGCUUGUUGCUCAGUCUCUCAGGGCAAAGCCGACAUCCAGGCCAUGCUGACAAACUUCGAGAAAAGUUUGAACAGUGUCUUAGAAAACAAUCUCGGGGUGCCGUUGGUAUAUAGCCUCAGUGCGCCGCAGAGGACGUCAAAUGGCAUGACUGAAUCAGCACCUCCUCCGUCUUUGUGCUCUAUGUGUAUCACCAACAUCUCUUCAACAGAAGACGGCCAGAAAGUCUGGUAUUCGUGCACCGAUUGCCACAUUGUUGUUUGCAAAGCUUGUCAUGAGCGCGGACGACCUGGAUUCUGUUUGAGCGUGAUGGGACCCCACAACAUGCAACUCGAGUCUGGUAGGCAACCCGGUCCAGCCAUCCCUCACCUUCCUACGCCUUGGGCAACACCAGCUUCGAUGCCCAACCCUCCCAUCGCCGAACCAGCUGCAUGUUCGCCGAGGUCUGACCGGUCUGAUGGUCUGGAGAACCCUGGUCGUAAUGCAGAUCCUGCACCCGUUGUUCAUACUGGAGUUUGGUGUGACGCAUGUCGAGACACUAUACAAGGUGUUCGUCACAAAUGUCUCGACUGUCCAGAUUACGACUUAUGCACUGCUUGCAUCUCGGCGGGGUCGGCUGAAAGACACAAUCCGUUCCACGAAUUCUUCGAACUUAAAGAGCCUGGUCGGGUCGUCGUGCACACUGUAUUUAGCGGACGGGGUGAAAGAGAAGGACUGAACUCUGCCCACCGGGCCCCUGUUCGAGAGGCUUCAGUUGAAUCUCACUCUGCCAACUGCGAUCUGUGCGACUCUAGAAUCCAGGGUGACCGCUACAAAUGUGUUGUUUGCCCUGACUUCGACACUUGCAAUUCUUGCUUCAGCAUCACCGAAGAGCAGCAUCCUCACCAUCCUUUCGUCCGUAUCUCCAAGAGGGCUGAUUACAUUCGCGCUCGAGCUCCUCCUAGCCCAAUGCACUAUGCAACUUGCGACGGUUGCCAGAAAACCAUUUUCGGUGUCAGAUACAAGUGCAUGCACCCUGAAUGUCCUGACUAUGACUUAUGCGCAAACUGCGAGGCUCUUCCGAUCCCGGUUCAUCCGGAUAAUCACCCUUUGCUGAAGAUGAAGGCUCCAGAAACUGUCAUUCCCACCGUGUACCGUGUUGGUCAAAGCACCCUUAUUCCCCGUCCUGAAGAGGUCCAGACGACUCCAAAAGUCAACUCGCAGAAUGUCAACGUUGAAACUCGAGCAUCUCCUCCGCCCGUCCUACCAGCACCUUUCUGGUAUGAGUCAACUCCACCUGCAUCUCGUCCGCGCAGCCCCGCAGAAGAGGAACGGAUCAAGACUCCGACUGCCAGUUCGGUCCCAUUGCCAUCGGUCAAACCUCCCAUUCCUCCUAAACCAAAAGCGAUGCUCUAUCAACCCUGGGACUUCACUGACGUUUUGAAGGCUACCAACGAUGCGCUCAGGGCUACUAACGAGGCAUUUACCGCCGACGACAAAGAGUUUGUCCGCGCCAUGGAACAGGAGCUUUCGCGUAUGACUAACCGCCACAGCGCCCAGCCACCCGCAACCAACCCUUUCGCGGAUAUGCCACCCACCAUGCCAGCCGUUCCAGUUCCCGCUUCUGUCGAGGUUGAGCAACCUGAAGUCACGUUGCCCAGCGUUCCCAGACACAUCCCUAACCCAUGGCCCACAACGAACCCUGCUGAGCGCCAGGAACUUCUCCAGCUCAUCGCGGACUUCGCUGGCCCCUCAACGUCGCAGAGUGUGCUUGACGCAAUCCCUGAUUUGCAUUAUGUGCAGCAAGAGCCAGUUAUGGCGGAAAGGCAGUCUUUGAUGGAUCGUCUGUCGGCUCUGUCGGCUCCUGAAGACAAGUCGCUUUUGGAGCCUGUCCUAGAACAAUUAGAGCAUGUUGCCGUCGCCGAGGCCAUUCAGCAGAACGAGGACGAUAAAGUGCUCUUGGAACGUGCUGCAGACUUGGUCCGCACAAACGCUGAGGCUGACCUGGUCCUUCUGGAAAGGUUGUCGUCUGGACUUCAGACCCCAUCGACUGUCCCAUCGGUCCCGAGCCCUGCGGAGCCACAGACGACCAACAACGAGAACGCUCCUGCGCCGGUUGCCGAGCCCCUGGUCAUCCCGCAAAGCUCUCAGUCAGCUCCAUGGAGCGUCGACUUCUCUUCCGAGAUUAACCAUCUGCUAGAGGGUAUUGGCCGUCUUGAGGAGACGCUGCGCAGUGGUCCGCGAUCGUCAGUCUCGGAAGAGCCGCUUGUCAACAGGUCUGUGUCGCCGAACUCGAGCGCGUUCCCUGCCCUCUCUCAGCGCCAGUCGCUGGCGGACCUCAUCGACGAGCUGCCAACCUUGGUACCGCGCAGUGCCCCAGAGCCUGUCUCAGCACCUGCACCGGAGCCUCGCGUGGCUCUGAGUGCUUCCUUCGUCGAGGAUGUUACAGUUUCAGACGGCCAGGUCUUCCCACCUGGCGCGGAAUUCGUUAAGUGCUGGAGGUUGUUGAACGAUAGUGCCCGUGAUUGGCCAGAAUCGACGCAGCUUGUAUUCGUCGCAGGGGAGACCCUGACGGCCGAGAAGGAUAAGGCGUCGUCAAUGGUCGUCGAGGUUGGAAAGGUAGCUUCAGGAGCUGAGGCCGAUAUCUGGACUGGCGAAUUGAAGGCUCCUGAUGCACCGGGACGUUAUGUGGGCUAUUGGAGGUUGAAGGCCGACGGAGAGUUGUUUGGCAACAGCCUUUGGAUCGAGAUCAACGUUGUCGAGUCCGACUCGCACCACUCAUCCGGCGAAUCCAUGGCUGCCUCUUCCAUCAUCAUGCCAACCCCACCUUCAGUUCCACACACCGAGCAUCCACCCUCGUUGACUGCCCACACGCAUUCGACAGAGACCACAUCUGUCGUUUCUACUGCCACGGAGGACAACAUGUCGGAUGCGGGUUCAGACAUCUCGUUGAUCAGCAUGCCGUCCUCAUCCGAAGACGAAGAUGAGGCGUUGUGGCACGAUACUCGUUCGCAGGCUACGGCCGAGCUCGCUGCUGCUGGUACUACGCGCGCCAAUGCAUCGCCGUCUCAUACUAGCACUGCAGGCCGUUCCAACUCUGUUUCUGCGAUGGACUACGUCCUGCUCUACGACGAUAACUCAGAGGACGAGUAA